AUGUGUCUUUUCCCUCAUUUUGUACGUUUCAAGUUCUACAUUGAAGCGACGAACUACAUCUCGCGAACGAAGGCGCUGAAGAAAUUGCAGCUCUCGUUGAAGGACUUCCGUCGCUUAUGCAUCCUUAAGGGCAUCCAUCCGCACGAGCCGUUGCAUAAGAAAAAGGUGAACAAGGGAAGCCACGAGAACAAAGUUUGGUACUACAUCAAGGACAUUCACUUCCUCACGCAAGAGCCGAUCAUCAACAAAUUGCGGGAAUACAAGAUUUUCCUCCGCAAACUCAACCACUUCAAGGCGAAACAAGAGGAUGACAAAGUGAAGAAAUUGUACGAGAAUCAACAGGAAAUAUCGCUGGAUCGAAUCGUGAAAGAGAGGUAUCCAACCUUCGGUUCGGCUCUUCGUGAUCUCGACGACGCGUUGUGUAUGGCGUUCCUCUUCGCGACGUUCCCUCGCACCAAGUACCUCCGCUCAAAUGUGAUCACCGAGUGCAAACGGCUUUCAACCGAAUUCCUUCACUACGUCAUCGAGUCGCACUCGCUCACGAAUGUCUUUGUCUCGAUCAAAGGAAUCUACUAUCAAGCGAUGGUUGGCGGCGAGAAAGUCACCUGGAUCGUGCCGCACGAGCGAGGCUUGGGUCACAUUACCGACGUCGACUUCUCCGUAAUGGCCACUUUUGCCGAGUUCUACGUGUCGAUGCUUGGUUUCGUCAACUAUAAACUUUACCAAACGCUUGGUUUAUACUAUCCACCAAGGAUCGAGACGGGCACCGUGCAAGAGGAACAACAGCAACAACAAAGUGACGAAGAAAAGGAAAAAGUCUACUCGUUGUGUCGUCCAAUUGCUCGCUCACGACAACAAGAGCAAGACGAGGAAAUGGAAAUGUUCGAGGACGGGGACAACGAGCUGGCCGAGAAAUUGAAGGAGGCGAAAAAGUUGAAGACACUCUUCCAAGGCUGCAACUUCUUCGUGAACCGCGAGUGCCCGAAGGAAGCACUCGCGUUGAUCGUCCGGAAUUGCGGUGGGAAAGUAACUUGGGAGGGCGCGCCGUUCGAGUUGCCGGCGAGCUCGAUCACUCAUCACAUCAUCGAUCGUCCCGUUGCGAACUUUGAUCUCAAUCGUGUCUACAUUCAACCGCAAUGGGUGUUCGAUUGUCUGAAUGCUCGACGCAAGCUACCCACGCAACAGUACUUGCCCGGCCAAGAAUUACCACCACAUUUCAGCCCGUUCAUCAAGGAGAAACCCGGUGACUACGUGCCAAUUGAACGCAUUGAAGAGUUGCGAAGUCUUGGAAAAGACACCGCUGCAAUCGAGCCAGAAAGAGCCCCCACAACGAGUGCAACAAAGAAGCCAAAGAUGGCGCAAGAGGAGAAAAAGGGAAUGUCGGUGGAAACGGGCAAAAUGCACAAGAAAAACGCGCAAAAGGAGAUCAACAAAAAGGGCGAAGAAAGAAAGAUACGCGAAUUGAUGAUCAAGAAGAAACAUAAACGAGUGUACGACAAGCUGACAAAAGGAAUCAAGCGGCAUCGGGGCGAGGCAAAGAAGUUGGCCGAGAAGCGCCAAAAGUUGGACAAACAGAAAGCU